AUGGAAUCUCCUGAGAAUAGCUCGGAAAAUCGCAACACAACCAUGGAUGCAGCAAAUCACUCAGAUUCGGAUGCCAAUGACGCUUCUGAGUCCCAAUACUCCUGGGAUGAGGAAUUUUUGUAUUCAUUCCGGACUAACGAGUUGCCGGAAACGGCACGCCUUCUGAACCAGCUGCUAGUCAGUGACUUGAACUACAGGAACGAUCAGGGCAACACUGCGCUCCACUUCACGUGCGCCAAUAACUUGGACCUGGCUACCUACUACCUCCUGAAGGGGCUCAAAGUUAACUACUGGGUGCUCAACCUGAGUGGAAACUCGCCACUGCAGUGGGCAGUGCAGAACAAGUGUGUCGGCGCCAUGAAGGUGCUACUUUCGCAUGACUAUGACGUGAACUCGUCCAGGUACGAAAAUAAGGAUCUGGAAAAGAGAUUUCAGGAGCAGUUGAGUCAGUUAAGCCUUAACCCCCGAACCAUAAAACACUACCACCUGGAAGAGUAUGGGCCCAGCUACGAGGCUGAUAAUGCUAUAGACAUUUUACACAAGAACAAGUUCGGCAAGUCGAUACUCUCGGAGGCAUUUGAUUGCAACGACCUUGACGUCCUACAGCUGAUACUGGAGCAUCCAGUUUCAGCUGCUAUGGCAACUGCUGGUGCUUAUACGGGUACUACCAGUGCCGUUACAAGUGAAGCUGCCACUUCCAUCAGGAUCAGGGAACUCGCAAUAGAGAACGAUCGCAUACUUAACGCCCUGGAGAGUGAAUUGGAUCUGUCAGGUCAAAUCAUCUGGGAGGCUUCUAUAAUAGCCGCAUACUGGCUUUAUAACACCAAUAAUAGCAAUUUGUUUCGAAGUAAGAGCGUACUAGAAUUGGGUGCCGGAUGUGGACUACUGGGAAUUGCACUCUGGGUCGCCUGCGAACACCACGGACAACUUCCGGGGAAGCUCACCUUGACAGACUUGUCGGAGAGGACCCUGGGAAAUAUAAGGCACAAUCUAGCCCUUAAUGGACUGAGUGCUGGGCCUAAAAGUCGUGAAGAUGCGGACGUUGACAAUUAUGGCAACCAGUAUAGCAGUCCAAGGGGCGAAGAAAAAUACGACGUCAUCAUUGCAAGCGACCUUGUGUACGACAGAGACCUGGUCAAGCCCCUGGUUAACGUGAUUGAUCAGCUGCUCGAAGGACUGUUUUUGUAUACAUAUAAGGUGUCCAGGGACGGGGCUGAUUUAUUCGUUGAAGAACUUAAAAAGGCUGGAUUUGUCGUCGAUGUUCAGCACGUUUCUGGCCAGUUUCAGGGAAACCCGUUCCCUGGCAAGUCCAAGUGGCUGAAGGUAGCUUUCUUUAAAGUAGCAUUGACCGUUGCCAUGAUGGACAUUGAGUCUUACGGGCUUGAGAAUAAAAUCAACGACUUCACGAGGGGCGUUGUAAACCAGGAUACGGAGGAAGAAACUCUUACUAGCCUCGAAUCCAAGGUCGACGUGUACUUAUCGAAGAUUAAGGAGCUGGAUUCUUCUCUACACCAGAAUGACAAUAAAUACGAGAUAAUUGACCAGCAACUUAAGAGUUUCGUCUCCGUGGAAAAACUUCACAAGUCCACUCCCAGUAACCGUCACAUUUUCUUCGCAGGGAUCCCACUCUCUCACAGUCUACAGCUUCUUUCUGCUCUCAAGAGGGAGCAGCAGGGUCGCGAGAGGGUGGAAAAGCUUCAAUCGCAGGUGAAGAAGCUCACUGAGGAGGUGGACUCCCUGAACGAGGAAAAACGAGUCGACUUUUACCGGUUCGAGUGCUCAGUGAGGAAGGCAGUGGCCGUAGGCAUGGGCGUCAGCCGACUAGUCAGUCUGUUUGAAAAUCGGGAAAAAAAUGCCUUAAGGGCCUUCAUCGCAACUCUCAGAAAUGCCAACUACGCCUUCUUAACCCUCAGUCUCCGUAAAAUGAACUCUCAGAAGGCUGUGAGGUUUGUGAAGCUGUUAUCCACCGUGGUUGGCAGGAGGGUAAAUUACGUCCUCAAUCAGCUGAGGCGAGGCAGCCCUAAAGACAUUUGCACGCCUGCUCCCCCUAAAGGUGUGCUCCACGAGUCUCUUAUUACAAAGCUUGUUGGAGCCAGCACCCCCGUUAACCCGGGUUCAACUUUGAUGGAUGACGCUCUAAAUGGCGAUGAGGACAUCGAGAAAAGUCUGCUGGUUCGUCUGGAGCGCCUACUGGAGGAGGAAAUGAAGAUGCUGGCCUAA